AUGAAACGGGAUAAGUGGAAGCCAUCUAAGUAUUCUGUCUUAUGUGAAAAACACUUCACACCAGAUGAUUAUGUGAGGGUAAAAGGCCAGCUAACAGAUUGUUUAAAACCAACAUUGAAACCAAAUGCUGUACCAUCAGUUUUCGAUUUCCCUCCCCAUCUUAACAAGGCGACUAAACCUAGAAAUCCUGCUAAGAGAAAAGCUCCCAGCCCGAAGAAAGAAGUUCCUAAAAAGAAACCUAGAAUUUCCAAUCAGCCUGUUAUGCAAGACCAUAAUUAUUGCAUAUCUCCUGCGAAGGUUAUUCCAAAAUUGAAAAAGUCUCUGGAAAAAAAAAGAAAGAAGAUAAGAGCACUGACAAGCAAAAAUCUGCGCAAGGAGAAAACAAUAAAGGGAUUGGUGACGAAACUGGAAAACGCACGGCACUUAUCUAAGGAGCAAAGUCAAAGUCUACUAUCCAAUUUUGGUCACAUGACAAAGGACUUGUUUAUAAACAAGCAGAAACAUGCUGGCAAAUCAAAAGGUUCACGAUAUGGCGAUACCAUCAACAAUUUGCAGUAACACUACAUUUCUACAGCCCGAAGGCAUACAAGUUUGUACGAAAGUCACUUCACCUACCAUGUCCAGCCACCAUACGAGCUUGGGCAGCAGCUAUCAAGUGUGAGCCUGGUUUCUUGACUUGUGUCAUUGAACACUUGCAGAACAGUCUUGAUGUAGAUGACAAGGAUUGUUUUCUGUUAGUUGAUGAGAUGUCCAUAAAAAAGGAAGUAAUAUGGGACAAGAAGAACAAAAAAUUUGCAGGAAACACAGACUAUGGCCCUAUCCUAGCAGAGGAACAAGAUAGCAUUGCCACUAAUGCCCUAGUUGUCAUGGCUGUCAGACUGAAAAAGCCAUGGUUCCAUCCAUUUGCAUACUUCUUAGUGGAUCGUGUUAAUGCCAAAAUGCAGGCACAAAUAAUCAAAGAGGGAAUUAACUUACUUACCGAUGCAGGUCUUGAUGGUUGUGCAAAGAACAUCGCCACAGCAAGGUGUCUGGGAUGCAACAUUGACAAAUUCGACGGCUCAUUCAAGCACCCAUCACGACCAAACAAAACACUCUAUGUCAUUUUGGAUGUGUGCCACAUGUUGAAGCUUGCACGCAACAGCUUGGGGGACAUGAAGGUGUUCUUCACAGAGAGUGGGGACAUGAUCAGUUGGCAGUACAUCACAGCACUCUAUAAUGUUCAACAAGGUGAUGUUUUGCAUCUUGGAAACAAACUUAAAGCUACACAUGUAAGGUGGCAUAACCAAAAAUAAAAGUGGCUGUCGCAGCCCAAACCUCGAGUAAUUCUGUUGCGGCUGGUAUAAUGUACCUUCAAAACCUCAAUUUAGAACGGUUUAAAAAAAGUGAAGAAGCGGCAGAAUUCAUUCUGAAAAUUAACAACAUGUUUGGCAUUUUGAAUUUCAAGAGUAAGUUUGGCAAGAGUUACAAAGGUCCACUUACAUUAGAAAAUCUGGAUGAAUUACGUCAUUACCUUCUCGACACAAUUAGUUAUUUAACUGAACUGAAGGAUAAUAAUGGAACAAAAUUAAUGAAUGGCCCAAGAAAAACAUUUAUCCUUGGUUUUGCUGUGUCAGCAAAAUUAAUUAUGGCUUUGGCUAAAGAACUAUUAUCAAGAAAUUACAACAAGUUCAAGUAUAUGCUUACCUACCUUUUUUCCCAAGAUCAGCUGGAAAUGUUCUUUAGCAAGAUUCGGAGUUAUCUUGGAUGGAACAACAACCUAAAUGCACUCCAGUUUAAGUGGGCCCUGAGAGCAUUGCUUCAGAAGAACCAGGUGACUGCUGCUGAAACUGGCAAUUGCUCUGUCAUAGAAGAGGAGAAGUUCUCCAAAGAAGCCGAAGGUGUAGAUAGCAAAGUUGCCGCUCUGUUGAAUAGUUCCACCAUCUGGCAUGAGGAUGUCCUGGCAUACAUAGGGGGAUAUAUAGCCAAAAUCAUCCCUGGCUGUAUCAAAUGUGCAGAAUGUGCUGGGGCCGGUUGUAUAAAAACGUAGUUAAAGUUAACUAUAGUUAGCGUUAACUAGCGUAGUUAAAUCCUUAACUACGGUUAGCUAACUACAUGACUUAACUGCGUUGCACAAAACGUAGUUAGUCGGAUAGUUAACUAAUCACCUAGUUAACUGUGCGUGGGGUUCGCGUGGGGUAGUUAACAUAAAUUAACAUAAAUUAUGACGUUGAUAAAUGACCGCUGACAUGCAUUAAGCAAAUUUAAACUUAAUUGUGGGCUCGAUUUUGUUUCGAAAACAAUUUUAAUGGCGAACGAUUGGAAUGAAUACUCUUCAUAAAUGGCUUAAUAUUGCGAUGAAAAGCAAUCCUUUUAGAUAUUUUGCAUACUAUUGUGGAUGAACGUAUGAACUCCAUGGUUUGUGUGUUUCAACUUUAAAACUUAUAAAAUUGGAUGAUGAAAUAGUAUAUCUCAAAUAUCUGAAGACUGAAGCUGAAUCGGUCCAAUUUCAAUGUUGGAUGAAAAUUAACUGGAUCUGCUACUCACACAGUCACAUUUAUCAAAGUGGAGCGAUAUAAUUUAUCUGUUUAAAAUGAAUGAUGCUAUUAUUUUUACCUGCUAUUCAGUUUGGGAUUAUUUCUACCAUCUUGGAAGAAUUCAACGAAGAAUUUAAUAUCACUAUUCACUAAUAUGGGAUGUUGUUUUAUCUCCUCUAUUAAUAAGAUGAGUUUCAUACCUAAUUUAUUACAAUAUGUACAGUACCUAUUCUCUUAUUAGAAGGUCGUAUAAUUUAUGCCUUUGGCACCUUUACAACUAGUAAACUAACCUGA